GGGUGUAACACAAGAAAUUCGAAGUGCGCAUUGAAAUCUACAAACAGAAUCACUUCGAAAAGGCACAAUAAGAUCUUCAAACGUUUCCAGCAAUCCACUUUUAAUUUAAUCGAUUUGCAAGCCGCGUGGACUCAUCAAUUCGAGCCUCCAAGUCGUGAAGGAAAACCAGACAUUUCACGGUAGAAUGUCGUCCCGGCUUGCUGGCUCGCUCGUCAUGUUGAACAAAGGAGUCGGGCUCUUUUCUUUCCUCUGAUACUAAAAAAAGGACCUCUAAAAGCUGUGAAGUUUGUAUACAGCGAAAAGACUGCUUUCUUUUAGCACUGCAUUGUAAUUCUGUGAGAAUUCGCUAAUCCGCUCUGUGAUUGGUUGCUGUGAAAGGAAUGAUUAGAGCUUAUUGUUCUCAGUAUGGCAUAUUUCCUUCUGUAAGUAAAUACAUUACUAGCCGUCGCAUAGUUGUCAAAUUCCAAGUCGAUUUCAGGCGUUAUGCAAAGGCUUCUGUGACUUAAAUAUUCUCAGAGUAAGUGGGUCUGCCGCGCUGGACGCUAGAUUCCGUAGCGAAACUGUGCAAUCAAACAGCUCAAGAUCGGUUUUCUAUUAAGGUGCAAAGUUUUCACGCACUGGGGGGUUGAAUACGUCACUUUAAUGUUGUGGCUUGGUUCAAUCGAAUCGCGAAUCGAUGGAUGUCUGUAGCCGCAGUUGAUCAAUAUGGCGACAGCGUGUGGAAGAAGUUUCUCUCUCCUUUUCUUACUCAUGUUUCUUUGCUUUUUGGCGCAAGAAGCUGAGAGCUUAAGAUGUAGGUGUAGUACACACAACUGUCCUGGCGACCAUCUCAAUGAAACUUGCACAACUGAAGGUCACUGCUAUAAGAAAGUGGAACCAGGAGUUGAUGACAGCUAUGAGCUCAUCACAUAUGGCUGCUUACCACCUAAAGAGAAGACUAGAAUGCAAUGUAACACUCCAGAUCACGUUCAUAAGAAACAACUUUCCAUGGAGUGCUGCAGACAUGCUGACAUGUGUAACACAUUGCUGCAGCCAAGUUUACCAACAACACCCUCUCCUACCACAGUUGAGACUGUUGCAGAAGAGUCUGAAGAUGGUGUCACAGAGCAGUAUUCCAUUCUCUUUAUCAGUGCUGGUGUUUGUGUUGCAGUGUUUAUAAUCUUCCUUGGGGUUCUUUGUUUCCGCUUUAGAGUAUCACGCAGCAGAGUUCCUUCACCCCUCGAUGUUGAGAAGUAUGCACAUCCAUAUGUAACACCAGGAGAAACGCUCAAAGAUAUGCUUGAUCAGAGCUCUGGUAGUGGUUCAGGGUUGCCACUUCUGGUUCAGAGAACCAUUGCCAAACAAGUCACGCUUGUUAGGAGUGUUGGUAAAGGGAGAUAUGGUGAAGUGUGGCAGGCAAGGUGGCGUGGAGAAGAUGUAGCAGUCAAAAUAUUCCUUUCCCACUGUGAAUCCUCUUGGCAAAGGGAAACAGAAAUCUACCAAACUGUUUUACUACGUCAUGAGAGCAUCCUUGGAUUCAUAGCAUCAGACAUUAUUGGAAGCAAUCAGGUUACACAGAUGUACCUGAUAUCAGAUUAUCACCCUUAUGGCUCAUUAUACGAUUUCUUACGGUGCCAUUGCCUUAACAAGAAGACCAUGAUCAAACUGGCGUUGUCUGCUUCUGCAGGACUGACUCAUCUUCAUACUGAAAUCCAAGGAACAAAGGGCAAACCUCCUAUUGCACAUCGUGAUAUUAAGAGCAAGAACAUCCUAGUAAAAGAAAACCUGACCUGCUGCAUUGCAGAUUUUGGACUUGCUGUUAAGUACUCAUCAGAAACUGAAGAGAUUGACAUCAAGCCAGACACAAGAGUAGGAACUAGAAGAUACAUGGCUCCUGAGGUGUUAGACAAUGCAUUGGACACUAGACACUUUGCCGCAUUCAAGAUGGCAGACAUUUACUCUUUUGGACUGGUCUUGUGGGAGAUUGCUAGACGGUGUAUUUCUGAUGAAACUGGUUUGUGUGAAGAAUAUCAAGUACCCUAUUUUGACAUGUUGCCUGGAGAUCCCUCAUUUGAUGAAGUCAAGAAAGUUGUACUUACAGAAAAGAAGCGGCCUUCAGUGCCCAAUAGAUGGUAUCGAGAUGAGUCUCUUCAAACAGUGGCCAAACUGAUGACAGAGUGUUGGGCAAACCAUCCUGCUGCUCGGUUAACUGCUUUGAGAGUGCAGAAAACUAUGAACAAACUCAAGAAGUCCAUGGAUUAUAUAGACCAACCAUUCAGUGUUGAUGAUGACAGCCCUCGCACUAGUGUUACAACAGCAUAAAGAGGAAGGCUUGUAGACUCAACACAGGCAGUGUUGAUUGCACUGAGGCUUGCCUGUCGAUCAAGAGACAGUUAGCAGAUCUAUGUGCUAAUUCUCAUGAUUCUGCUUUGAAAUUAUCCAGCCAUGAGUAGAACAAGAACAAAGUACCUUACAAACCGACAGGAAUGUACUUUGUACAUUUUUCACUUUCCAUUUACUCAAAAACCAUGUAAACUGCCCCCAAGCUGAAGGGCAUUUAAUGAUGAAACAAAUGUAAUUAAUGCCUUUCAGUUUUUACUGUAGAUCAAAGUUUGUUUCAGUUUAAAAUGGAACAUUAGGGUAUGAAGGGGGAAUUCUAAGGGAAUUUAAAACAAAAAUGGAUUUAACAACAUGGGUUUCAAUUGCCAUGUAAUUGGUAAGUUCUGCAACAAGAAAUACCCUCCAUAAAUCAAAAUAAGUUCAAAGAAAGUAUAUUAUUGCAAUUGCUGGAAAGAACACUAGCUUAGUAUGUGUCAGGAAAAGUAUAUUUUUUUAAGAUGCUCCCCUGUUACUUCCCAAUUUCAAGAGUUUUAUAAACCUGUGAGUCAGCAAGCCAUGCGAGCCAAAGGGCGAGCCAUGCGAGCCAUGCGA